AAACGAAGAGUCUCUUUCCUCUUGGUUUCGGAAGUCGUCCGAGCUUGGCUUUGCUCAUACCGCUCAUCUCCCUGACUCGACCCUGCUUGAGCCCGAUUUUGAGCGCUCCGUUUUCCCUCUCUUUCCCGAGUCGCCGCCACCGCCGUCGCCAGGGCGAUAUCUGUCCGUCAUGGCAGGUACCGCUUCGCCCAUCGACAUCGCCACUCCGACGAGGAACUCUUCUUCCUCACCGAGCAACUUGAAUCCUCAACCCUCAAAUUUGACGACGGCGUUGCAAGGUGCUGCUGCGAGAGAAGCACGUCCGACCCCGGCCGUCAACAUCGGUGCCCCUAAUAGCCAUGAUUUCGCAUCAAACGCCGGCCGCCGGGAAUCUGUCGCUGGAUCUCUUGGGGGCAUGGGAUCGCAUCAAUGGGGUACCGGUGCGAAGCCGAUUUCAAUGAGCAAUGCAAAUAGGGAUAAAACUAGAAGAGAAAGCUUAGCGGGGAGUUUAGUAGGGGGCAUGAGUUGGGGUGGUGUCUCAGUUGGUAGUUGGAUUCGGGACGACAUUAUCAUGGCCGGAACCUCGCCGUUUACUUACCAAUCACCCUCUUUCCACUCCUCCUCUUAUCUUCCGAAACUCGAAGCCAACUUCAUGCGGGAUUUCUCAUGCUGUGGCAUUACGCUAGCCUCACUGCACGAUUUAUUACAACAUUAUGAAGAAGCGCAUGCGCAGCAAGUGCCCCCAUCGCAACGCCCUUCGCAAUCUGGCCAAGGUGCAGGACCGAAUGGCCUUAUCAACAGGGGGCAGACACCGCAACACCUUCAGCCGCCAAACCCACAUCAGCAGAGUCGGCCUGGUCAAUCAAAUCAUGCGACACCGACUGGCAUGCCUCUUGGAGGUCCAGUGAACGGGCAACAAACACAAAACGGGUUUGGAAAGCCGUUAACAGUCACUCACGAGCUGGAUGCUGUUGAGGAUAUGGAGAUGGACGACGUGGAUGGCAAUGAUGCUACACCGUCACCGUCGGGUCAACCGCAACAGGCCCAACAAUCGCAGUUUGGCCAGAACAACUCUUCGCGAGUCCCAUCCCUCAGUCUGAACAUUACAAAUGCGAUGCAGAGCCAUCAAGGCCUCAAGUCAUCUCGGCCGUCGACUCCGGCUGCCGCUGGCGCACCAGGGUUUCCCUUCCAGAACAAUCCUACUGUUUCUUCCGUCAAUACUCCCACCUUUGGUGCUCAGCCGAUGCGAGCAAACUCACCAGACUCGUCCGUCCCGGGUACACCAGCUGAACUUGAUAGUGAUUUCGUUGGUGGCCUUCCCGGAGAUCUGCCAAUGGCCGGUAAUCCGAUGCAGGGAGGUAACGGCAUGUUUGGAUAUAAUUUCGGAAAUGGUAAUGAGAUGCUGGAUCUCUGCAUUGAUGAACCGGCAAAGCGGCUGUUCAGCCCUAAUGGCGGGUUUAGUAAUCAACAUCACUUGGCUCAGUUCAGAAUGGGUGGCGCCCAAUAUGGUAGUGAACUUGCACGUCGGAUACGAGAGCAGCAGCUUCUCGCCGGUCUCAGCGGCGCGGCUCCGGGCAUGCUUCCUGGGGAAGAAAUCAAGCCCUUCCGUUGCCCAGUCGUAGGCUGCGAAAAGGCCUACAAGAAUCAAAACGGGCUCAAGUACCAUAAAACUCACGGUCAUACGAAUCAGCAGCUCCACGAGAACCCAGACGGCACCUUUUCGAUUGUCAACCCUGAAACGUCGGUUCCAUAUCCUGGAACGCUUGGGAUGGAGAAGGAGAAGCCUUACCGAUGCGAAGUCUGCGGGAAACGAUAUAAGAACCUUAAUGGUCUCAAAUACCACAAGGCACACGCGCCUCUCUGCCACCCUGAUCUUAAAGUUAAUGCAGCUGCGCUUGCAGGAAGUCCACUUGGCAUGCAAGGUGUCAAUGUCAAUGUGGCAGGUGCAGGACUUGCUGGCAUUGGGGAGGAGAACAUGGUCCAGUGAUUUGUCCAUAAUGAUCCAACCGUAUUUGCAUCCGACAUAGCGGCGUUCUUUAGGUCAUUGAUUUCUCCUUUCUCCCUGACGGGCUCUUUUUUGCCCUUUGACUAAUUUCCCCAAAAUUGUUUUUCUAUACUCUGGACUCUUUUUGCUGUUCAGAAAAACGUUUCCCCAUGCUGAUGGAUUAUUGAUUUUGAAGACU